AUGGUUCAUCCGUCUAUUGGUUGUCUUGGUACUUUAGUGAAGACGCAACCAAGAUUCGUCAGAUUGGCUAAUGGAAAGUUAGCUCGGAUAUCGACAAAGAAGAUCACUUCGCCGUUUGCAAUAGGACGUGCAGUAUCGAUAGUCGAGUCUCCCGAGAAUGCGUUUACUCGUGACACAAAAAAAAUUGUUCCUUCAGUAACGGCAGAAAGCACUUCCUCGUCAGAACCAAUCGAUGUCGCCACACUGAUCGGAUCCGGUUCGACAACGUCUGACGAAACGCCGCUCUUCAAAACGGACAGUGAUCCUGCAGUUGUGAAAGAUGAGCCCAUGGACGUGGAGGAAAAGCCCGAGCAGAAAGAGCAUGAAAAGCUAGCACCGCUGGAACGAGUAUUGGUGGAACCCCCAGCAACAGAUGUUUCAUCAAAAGAACAACCUCAAAAGCCGCAACAACCUGCACCACCACCUGCAAGCCCUCCUCAGCCUUCAGUUGGUGCUGUGUUGAAAAGCCUUGUUGCCAGUGGUCGGCAAGUGGGUGACCUCGGAAGGAUACUUGAACAGCCGCUGUUCAGUCAUGACAGACCGCCACCUCCUAUUAGAGAUUCAUGCAAAGUGUGCCGGGUUGUGGUUCCUGGCUUGAAAAAGUGA